UACUACAUUUUUCUCCUAAAACAGCAACACUAUUUGUUAAAAGAAAAACAAACAUUAUUUAAGAAAUAAAACAAAAAUCAAUCAGAAUCGCUUUGAUAAUUUGUCGACGGAUAGUUUAACCCAAAUGUCGAUAAUACCAUUUUUUCCGUCAUUAAAGCCACCAAUAGCUAAUUGCAUAUGGUUUGACGGCGCUCCAAUUAAUGAAGAAGCCGAAAUUCUUAAAUAUGAACGAGAACAUCAUACAUGGCUAGAGAAUGUGAAAAAUACGGCUUCAGAUAUACAUCCGCUAGGAAAGGUAUUAACCAUGAUUGGCACAGAAACUGAUGACGAAGACGCGAAUGACGAUAGCGAUGAAUCCGACAGUCACGAAGAUGAGGACGAUGACACAAUUGAUCGAGCCAUACCAGGCAUAGUAGAGAGAUCUGCUCUCGGUUCAUAUUCACCCGGCGACGAGAUUAACUUGAAUGACGAUCUAUCCGCUGCUGUGGUCGGAUCUUAAUAAUGAACAUAUAUACUAUAAUAAUAACUAAAUUGAAUACACAAUUAACGCACUUAUGUUGACCAUUUAAAUUGUAUUUCUAGAAAACAGAGUGCAAAAACCUUAUGUUUAUUACAAAAGAAAGUAUUGUUAUUGAGAUUUACGUGCGACCCAAUAAAGAUAGCUUUACACAUAAAAA